AGCGCACCUGGCCAUUGCAUAAUACUUUUACAUUUUUUAAGCGACGCACAUCACGGUACAAGGGAAUUUUUCUGCCUCCCUAAGCCAAGCCCGCUAAUUUCUCGCCACUAUUUUGCAUGUCGUUACGGAACGCACAGAGUUAAAUCGUUUAAAAUUUUGCAAUAAUUAUUCUACGUAAUAAUGGAACGGUGGAAUGGAAAAGUGGCGUUGGUGACCGGUGCAUCGCAGGGAAUGGGAACGGCCAUCUGCACCGAACUGGUCAAAAGCGGAAUGAUUGUGUAUGGAUGCGGCCGGAAAUUGAACGCACUCGAGGAAGUGGGAACGCGUUUGAAAGAUUCGCCGGGCCAGUUCCAUCCGAUUCAAUGUGAUCUACGGGAUGAGAAGUCCAUUUUAAAUGUGUUUCAAACCAUCGAUCGCCAGGCCGGGAAACUCCAUGUCUUGGUUAAUGUAGCCGGUGUACUAAAGAACUGCACAUUGCUGAAUGCGUCGACGGAAGACUGGCGUGAGAUGAUCGAUAUAUUGCUGCUGGCACCGGCGAUUGCGUCUCGCGAAGCGGUUAAAAUAAUGAAGAAACACGGGAUCAACGACGGGCAUAUUAUUAACAUUCUCUCUAUUGGAGUACAUUCGUUUCCGCCGCUGCCUUUCCUAGCGUUUCCUUGCGCGAUGAAAUGCGCUUUACUGGCCAUUAACAAAGGCUUGAGGAAUGAACUACAGCUGCAAGAGCAUACCGGGAUUCGCGUUACGUCCAUUAGUCCCGGGAUGACGGAUACCAGUACAUACGACACAAUUACGGAUGAGCAUAUUAAUCGAGCACACCCUAUGAAAGCACUGCAGGCCGGUGAUAUCGCGGCGGGAGUGAAGUAUGUCCUCAGCACACCACCGGGAUGUAAUGUCUUCGAUGUUGCCAUGCAGCCAACCGGCGGCUUUUAAUCGUUCGACUAUGGUGUAGCUUUAAUUACUUUACAUACAUAGUUAAAUGUUGCAUACAUAAUUAAAUGUUUACAUACAUAAUUAAAUGUUAAAACCUCUUGCGCGGUAUAUCUUUGCAUAAGCAACACUCAGCUGCAGGUGGCUUUAGCGGGCGGCUAUUUGAGCAACGGCAGCUGCGGAAGUCGUGGGUAUAUUCAGAAUAAAUUAACGUUUACUAUAGAUAAUAAUUUAUUAUCUAUACAGUU